AUUGCACUCUCCGGUCGAGGAAGAUGUGCGGUGAGCAUCCCCAACUUUGCUAGGAUAGCUGUGGGCAUCUCUGUGGGAGCUGUUAGGGUCCCUUUCGUUCCUCAGGGCAAUGAUGCUCUACGUAUUUCCAAGGCUUUCCUCUCCGUAGCCUGCCCUUUCCAUCACCCCAAGUGGACAGGUGGUUCUUCUGAUGCGAUGCUUCCUUUAUGGAGUUCAUGUAGGUUGGAAAUCGGUGACUUUUUCGCAUCUCCUCCUGUUUACGGAACUUGUAGGAUACUUCUUAGGGCCACAACAAAAGGUUCUUCUGCUGCCCUUUCACCAGCAACACUGGGCAAAAUGAAUGUGGAAGCUGCCAUAAAACUACUGAUGAAUACUUAAUACUUGAUGAGUACUUAAAUUGGGUGUGCAGAUUUUUUGCGUUUUCUUGACUGAUUCCACUUUGGACAACCCGACCUGCUACCCAAGGAAUAGGGCCUGGAACAAGUUCUUUUUAUCUCACAAUCUACCUCGUGAAGUACCUGUGAAUUCAGAAUUGAUAUACUACUUGAACAUUCUGUGUCUGCAUGACACAGACACUGAGUUGUCAAGUACUUAGCUGAUGAUUUAAUACUCGUACAGUCAUUGUUUAAAACGUGCAGAGUAAAUAUAAUAUGGAAUUAUAUAUAAAUACGGAAUUAAAUAUAACAUGGAGUUAUAUACAUAAAUAUGGAAUUAAAAAGAGAUCUAUAUGUUGCCUAUCUUAAGAUCCAUUCUAAUCCUGACCCUGGCACUAAAUAGCUUGCUUGUCUGGUCUGAACUCAUUUCCAUAUAUGUGAAAUGCAAAUAACAAAAUCAUGUGCAUUAAAGAAACUGUUUAGUAGCAGCUUCAUGUAACUGGCUUUCAAUGAGUAUUUUUGUCUCCAUAGUCAUUUUGGUUAUUGUAAAAGGAGCUUAAACUUCCACAUCUUGACUUUAGUGCUUGGCAGAGGAUCCUUGUAAUUUUAAACUGUCCUAGAUUAUACAUCAGUUGAUGACCUAGAACAAAUAAGGAAAUCUGUUCCAAAUAUACUGGUCAGUAAAUCUUUUCAUACCUCCUUGCCAAUGUUCUUCACACCCCAAACUUUGCACCAGAGAGUUGCAAAAGCACUUGCUUCACUUUUAGCCUAGAGAUCUCAUUUCUAAUAACAUCACUGGUUCAAGUAAAGACAGAAAUCUAACACUGUUUCUAUAGAAAUGUAACUCUUGAGCUACCUGAUUUAUAAGCAUUUUGAGAGGCAACCCAGAACUAGACCUAAUGAACUAGUGACACCAAAAGUCGUUUACUUGUGCCCAAGAGAGGACACAAAAUAUAGUCAGAAACGUAGCGAUAGACAAGAUCUUCAAGGUCAUCUUGUAUCACUUUCUCAUUUUUAAAAUGAAGACAGUGAAGUCUACAGAGAUUAAGUGAUUGGCUCAAAAGCCCUGGUAUUAGUAGCUAGGCCAGAGCUAGUGCUCAGGCCUUCUGAAUUUCACUGGAUUAAUCUUUUGGCAACACCAGUUGUCACAUUAGAUCACAUUGCUCCCCAUCUUGACCCCCUUCAGUCCCUUCUGACUACAUUUAGGAAAAAAAAAAUCCCAGUUCUCCGUGGUCAUCUAUGAUGUGAAGGCCAAACAUGGUCUGGCUCUUGCUCACCCCUCCAUUCUUGUCAGUUUCUAUUAUCCUUAGUACAGAUUAGACUACCACCCACAAUAAGAAACAUAUUUUACAUUGCUACCCAGUACACACGUGCACACACUCACCUAAGUGAGGCCCAAACUCAUUAAAGAAUACUUAUUCUGAAACCUCGUGACUCUGAUGUUUUUUUUCUGUUUAACUUCCUUUUAGAAAAUGCAAUGACCCACAAAAUUGACAUCACAAUUGAAAACAUGACCCAUAAUUUGAAAACCAUGACUAGCCACACUGCCUCAUUUGUGUUCUACAAACAGAAUGAGUCUGUUUCCAUCUUGGGAACUUUCCACUUCUCUCUGCCUAGAAGGCUUUUUCCCAGUUAGUGUGCAUGGCUAGAUCUUUUUUUUUCUUUUCAACGUUUAAGUAUAUCUGAAAGGCCUUCCCUGAUUAUUAGAUACCUUCCCUGUUUAUUGCCUUUGCUUUAUAAUUCUUAACCAUAACCUGUAAUUAUCUUGUUGACUUGUUUAUUUUUUGUUUCCUCCAGUACAUGUAUAUAGGUUCUGUGGCAACCUGUAGAAAUUGAGGGCAGAGGCCUUGUGCAUCUUAGUCACCUCUGUAAACCUAGCACAGUUCCCAGUAUGUAGUCAAUGAAUAUAGCAGUACUUCAACAGAUAUGCAAGAAGCUUAGACCAAUGUUGUAUAAAGAACAGUCCUAAGUGGCUAUCCCCCUCAACCAAAAUCUGGCAAAGAACAGCCCACACAGUAUGUUCCAAAAAACAAGCAUUAUUUUUCUUUUUUUUGACAGGCAGAGUUAGAGAGAGAGACAGAGAGAAAGGUCUUUCUUCCGUUGGUUCACCCCCCAAAUGGCUGCCACGGCUGGCGCUGUGCCGAUCCAAAGCCAGGAGCCUGGCGCUUCCUCCUGGUCUUCAUGCUGGUGCAGGGCCCAAGCCCUUAGGCCAUCCUCCACUGCCCUCCUGUGCCACAGCAGAGAGCUGGACUGCAAGAGGAGCAACCGGGACAGAAUCUGGCACCCCAACCGGGACUAGAACCUGGGGUGCUGGCGCUGCAGGUGGAGGAUUAGCCUAGUGAGCCGCGGCACCGGCCAAAAGACAAGCAUUAUUUCUAAUUCAAGUGCUAUGUGGCAGUAAGUAUAUUUGUCCUGAAAUGUGCACAUAGGUAGGUGUGAACACAUGUGUGUAGCUUAUGUGCACAGCAGAAUAAAUAGUAAUGGAAAGACUUGCAUGGGAAAGGCAUAUAGAAACCUUUAAAGAUUUUAUCACACUUGUCCAGUUGAACUGUUGCAUCAGAUAAAGGUACAGUUGGAGAGGUAAAAAGAUUUUUUUUCCUAUAUUUAAGUUUGCUCUUUAGAAAUUAGCUCAUGUUUUUAAAACAUCUACUUCCCAUCUUCCUCUGUCUUUCGCUUCUUCUCUUGUCAUUAACAAUGUGUAGUUUCAUAAGAGGCUUAUGGCAGACUUAAGCAAACAUGAUGUUUUUCCCAAAGGAGAAUAUUAUCUGCAAGAUUAUCACUUCAAGCAGUAACUACUUCCAGAAACUGUCUUGGAAGGAGAUUCUUGGGAAUUCUAGGCGCAUUUCUGCCUCCAUAAAAAUUAAGUUAUCAAUGAUAGAUAGAUUUUUAGCGAGAAUAAAAGUAAAAUACACAAUAAGUCCAUCGUGGUGUAAUUUCUUUUCUCGCUUCUGUGAGAAGUACCAUGCUGAGUCUCAAAUGAGAACCAUUUCCCAUUUUUCCUUCCUCCUCCUUGUGUCUAAGACUAAUCUCUUAGGGCAAUAAUUUGUUCAGUUCCUCAAGCACUCACACAAUUAAUUCUGGGAAGCAGUGUGUCAGGAGGAAGAAAAAGAAUUGAAAAAAGAAAAAAAUAGAGCCCUUCCCCAAACUGCUACAAUCUAGUAGAGGCAUUAAAACUGAGAGAAUUCUUAAAAUGAAGGCGAAUUAUGUUAAGGAAUAUUAAGAAUGUUUAAAUAUUUUCCGCAAGAAUUAAAGACAGUGAGAAAUGCCAUUUCUCAAGUGGUUAGGGGUGACUGGGUUAGCACAAAGUUAGAAAGCGCUUCAUAGCUUUUUCCAUGCACCUGAGGAGGUGGUAGACCUUGGCCAGUCAGAGGAGUUGAUCCAGGCUAAUCAAAAGCACUCUCAGCUAAGGCACUGCGGUGAGAGGCCACGGAGCAUGUUGGGACGCGGUAGGAAGUCCACAUUAGUAAGCAGUAAGGCGGGAAGGAUAUUUGCCUGAAGUCAAUGGCGAUAUAGCAUAGAGAGCCUUGCACACCAGAGGGAUGUAUUUGUACUUAAGUGAAUACAGGGAGCCAGUGAGGCCUGUGACUUCUGUUGUUUUAGAUUGUCUGACUUUACAAGCAUAUGCAUUCCUUUAAAUGAAUGUGGUUGGUUGCCAAAAAGGUCUGAAGAAACCCUCUUCCCCCAACCCCCAUUACGUGGCCAUUCAGAGAUAGCUCUGAGAGGGAAUACAUUUUUUUCAGUUUUUUUCUGUACGUUUAAGAAAGCAAAGAUAAAGCACCUCUGUAUGUAACUGUGUUGCACUUUUUAUUGCCAUGACUUAUUUCCCCGUGUUUAUGAAGUAAGCAAGAUUGUAUAUUACCAUUUAAUAAUUGAUUACUAAAUAAAAACUUUCUUAUCCUUUUUCUUAGGAUAGUCCCUUUUUAGAUAUCUAGAUUUAUUGUAGUUUUUUGUUACUACAAUUUUUUGUGCAGCACUUAAGAUUAUUUCCUCAAGAUUCAUGUGUAGAAAUUGAAUUAUUGGUUUCAAUAGUGUGACUAAUUUUAAGAUGUGUAAUAAUAUGUGCUAAAGUUCUUCCAUAGAUGUUGCAGUAACAUUCCUUCCAACCAGCCUAUAAGAGAGUUAGUCUCCCCUUAUCCAUAUUUACUUUCAUCAUUCCUUAAUUGGCAGUCCUUUGUUUUAGUUUACAUUUGAGUGCUAAUAAGGAUAAACUUCUCAUAGCUCCACGUCCAUUUGUAAUUGAAGCUUUUUUUUUUCAUUAGUUUGGCUUUUUAGAUACUGCUAUGGGCUUUUCUUGUUUAUAUCACUUUUACUCAUUCCUUCGUGGUUUCUAACUUACCAUUAAGUAAUUUUUUCUCACCCAAAGACUUUCUCUAGUCUUUUAAUUUUCGUUUGGUUUGGCGUAUUGUUUUCUAAUUUUUUAUGUGCAGACUAUAUAAAACACGAAUAAAGUAAACACUCAUGUACUGUUGACUCAACCAAGACACAAGAACCUGUCAGUCCCCUAAAAGCCUCCUGCGUUCCCCCAUCCUUGUCAUUCGGGGGCCAGUAGGCUUCUGCAUUUGGCGUUACUCAUCCUCUUGGUUUUCAUUAGUUUUUCCACAUAUGAUGGACUCUCCACCAGUGCUUUCCUGGGUUUUGCUUCUGUCUGAGCUUCGUAUAAAAGCUGAAUAUAUUUGUCUAUGAUUUAAUGAUAUUGCUCAAAAUUCAUUCAUAUUAUCAAGUACUUGUAUAAUAAGUGUAAUCCAUUCUUUAUAUGGCUGUAUUGUAGUUCAUAGAAUGAAUGUACCAACUGAGGUUGUAUCUAGGUUUCUGUAUCACAUACAGUGCUAUUGUGAACUCUUACAAUGUCUGGCACCCACAUGCAAGAAUUUCUCUAGGGCAGUAUUUUUAAGAAUCAUUUCAAGGAGUUUGAGAGGUCAAAGUAUUUUCAUAAGAAUACUAAGCAUCAUUAUCCUUUUUCUCUCAUUUCUCUCACAAGCAUCCAGCAAGGUUUUCCAGGGGCUACAUGGCAGGUGGUGAUGUCAUUGCUUUGACAGCUGAUAGAAUGUGUACUUGUGUGUUCUCAUGUUUAAAUUCUUUCUCAAUUUUAAUACCUAAUACAUUAACUAUCAAUAAGUAUAAUCCAUGUAAUGGAAAAGCUUUUCAGGGGUCCUGAGACCAAAAAUUUUGAGAACUUCUGCUCUAGUGUUUGUACCCAACAGUGAAACGGGGAGGUUGUAGAACAGACAUAUGUUCCCUGGACUAGUUAAUUCUGAACUGUUUCCUAAAGUGAUUGUACCAGUUUUCAUUUUAACCAGCAGUAUUUGUGUAUCCUUGUUUUCGCACAUCCUAAAAUUUGGCACUAUAGGAUUUUGGGAAGGAAUAUUUUUUGUUCAUCUUAUUGGGGUUCUGGGAUAUCUCAUUUUGGAUUGAAUUUACAUUUCUUUGAGUAACAGUGAGUUUGAGUACCUUGUUUCGUAUUUUUAUAGGCCAUUUGGUUUCUGCUUCUAUGAAAAUCACUCUUCACACUCUUGUUGGCCUCCCUGUUCUUCAUUUAAAUUUUAGAAACAAUAUAACAUAUUUCUACAAAGAAUCUUUUUGGUUAGGAUUUUGAGUGGAAUUGUGUUAAAAUCAUGAAAUCAGUUUUAGGAAAGUUGACAUCAGGGGCCGGUGUUGUGGUGUAGCAGGUUAACCCUCUGCCUAUGAUGUCAGCAUCCCAUGUAGGCGCUUGUUGGAGUUCCAGCUGCUCCACUUCCAAUCCAACUCCCUGCUAAUGGCCUGAGAAAGCAGCAGAGGAUAGCCCAAGUAUAUGGGCCACUGCACCCAUGGGACCUAGCUUCUGCCUGGCCCAGCCCCAGCCAUUGUAGCCAUCUGGGGAGUGAACCAGCAGAUGGAAGAUUGAUAUAUCUGUCUGUAUGUCUGUAUGUCUGUCUCUCUGACUUCUCUCUCUGUAACUCUGCCUUUCAAAUAAUUUUUUUUAAAUCUAAAAAUAAGAAAGUUGAUAUCAGAGUCAGUCUUCCUAUCCAAGAACCUGGUAUAUUUAUGUGUUUGUGUAUGUGUGUAUCUGCUACAGUCUUUCUUGUUGAAAGAUGUAUACUUUGUCUACAAUAAUUAACCCUUCUUUUGUUGUAUUUAUUCCCAAGUGUUGGUCAUGUUUUAGUUUUACAUUGUUAUGUAAAGAUUAUAUCUUAAAAUUUAUUGUCUAAAAUGUGUUUAUUGAUUUAUGGAAAAUAUGCAAUAUUUGUAUAAUAAUAUUGAAUUCAGAUAUCUUAUUACUCAUUAAUUCUAAUAAUUUAUCACUAUAUUAGUUUGGCAUUUCUAUGUAAAUUAUAAAAUCACUGUGAAACACUGUUUUCUUUCAAACUUUUUAAUUUGUAUAUUUUUGGUAUUUUUACCAUAUACACCAAUUGGAACCUUUUGAAUAUUGUUGAAUAGAUCAUAGAAAGAGAGUUCUGAACAUGUCAUCAUUAAGUAUGAACUUUCUAGAUGUCUUUUUUCAAAUUGAAAAAGUUUCCUUCUAUUCCUAGUUUGCUGAUUUGUGGAGUUUUUCCCUUAUGAUUUUGUUUCCAUCAUGAUUAGUAGUUGAAUUUUACUAAAUGCAGUUUCUUCAUCUGUAUGUACAUUUAUUAUAUCUGAUAAAAGUUUCAUUUGGUUUUUCUCCUUUAACCUGUUUAUAAAGUAGAAUAUACUGAUCAGGUUUUUAAAAGUAAAUUGCCAGACUCCAUUUGUUUAAGAAGUUUGCAUCUGUAUUCUUGAAUGAGCCUAUAAUUUUCCUUUUUUGUAUUUUUCUUGUGCAAUAUUAACAUCAAGAUUACAUAAACUUGAUAAACGUAGACUUGUUUCCUCUUUCCUAUUCCCUAGAAGAUACAUUCAUUGUUUAACUUGAUUCCACAAAUUCAUCCUCACCACACUACCAAUUUAUUACUGUUAUUUUCUAUAUCAUUGUCUGUUUACUUAGCAUAUAUUUAGUAAUAUUUUUCUUUGCCAUUCCCUCUGGAGUUUCAGAUCUUGUAUCUAGAAUCAUUAUCGCUUCAUCUCAAAUAUAACGUUUAGAUUUCCCGUGGCGAGCUCUAUUGGUGACAAACUUUCUUAGUUGUGAAAAUGUCUUUAUUUUGUCCUUGGUGUUUCGUUUGUUAGGCAGUUAACUUUGAGGAAUGUUUCAUUUUGUUAGGCCGAAGGAGACAAUAUGGCUAUAGAAGUAGGAGAACCAGAGAGGUGUAGUAGUGUAGAUGAUAGGAAAGGAAACGCUCAAGGACUAGAUGAGCAGUGAAUAAAAGGGACCCUGUAGUACCGGCACAGAGAACAGGUAUUCUCCUUAUCAGCUGUGCUCUCCGGAAAAAAGAGUAGAAGGAAAAUGACAUGUAAAUUGUAACUGUACAGUUUGGUAAUUUGCAUGAAUGUCUAGAUUAUGAAACCCCCCACAAGGGAACAGCUCCUGUUUCACUUAUCUGCAUCUGUAAUACCUAGCUCUCUUUUGGGUAGCAUGUGGUGGGUGAUCACAAAUUAGUCUUCAUAACUAAUGAAUUGUUAUUGUCCCCAAAGGAGAAAGCCUUUAAAAGAUUGGCAGACACUUGGAUUUUUUUAAAAUUCUGCUCCAUCUUUAACAUUCUCAAGGUUAACCUUUUUAAAGAGGUCAUGAUGGGAAUAAAAUAGAAAGAUCUUAAAAGAGUUAUUAGAUGAAUGGAUAAAGAUAAUGUGCCAUAAAUACACAAUAGAAUACUAUUCAGCCUUUUAACAAGAAGGAAAUCCUGUCAUUUGCAACAACACAGAUGAACCUGGAGGACGUUGUGCUAACUGAAAUAAACCAGACACAGAAGGACAAACAUUGUGUGAUACCACUUAUGUGAGGAAUCUAAACUAGUCAAACUCAUGGAAGCAGGGUAGAAUGGUGUUUGCCUGGGGCUGAAGGGAGAGGGGAGACUGGGGAGAUAUUGGUCAAAGGGUCCAAAAUUUCAUCUAGCUAAGAAUAAUAAAUUCAAGAGAUCUAUUGUACAACAUGGUAACUGUAGUUAGUAAUAUUUUAUAUUACUUGAAAAUAGCUAAGAGAGUUAAGUGAUCUCACCACAAAAUGUUAACUAAUAUCACCCAAUGUAAAUGUUAAUUGGCUUGAUUUAGCCAUUCCACAAUGCAAAAAUAUCAUUCACUCCAUGGAGGUGUACAGGUUUUAUUUGUCAAUUAAAACUUAAUAAGAGUGUAGAAGUUUUUGCUUUUAUCUGAUAUUACUUAACAUUUUGUGGUGAGAUCACAUACAUAGAGAGAUAGAGAGGGGAGGGAGAGAGAGAGAGAGCUUGGGCAAGGGCUUCCAUCCACUGCUGUACUCCCCAGAUGUCCAGAAGCCAGGAACUCAGUCCAGGUCUCCCUGGAUUGGGGGCAAGAACCCAAUCACAUGAGCCAUCCCCUCUGCCUCCCAGAGUGUGCACCAACAAGAAGCUGGGGUCAGGAGCCAGGGCCUGGAAAUAAAGCAGGCACACCAGUGUGGGACACAGGUGUCUUCACAGCUAGGCCAAACACCUCCACUAGACUUGUUUAUUUUUGAAUCUUUAUUCUUAGCAAUAACUGUUUUUCAGUGCGUGGCAAAUAGUCUUUGUUUGCUGUUUAUUAUAACUUAUCACUUUAAGCUACUGAUACUUAUUCUUCCUGUAUCCUCAUUCUGAAUGUUUAGUGAGAGGCAACUCACUGUUGCAAGUCUGUUACAAGAAUACUGUUAUCAUUUCUAGGAUACCAAUAUCUCUGAGAGAUUGAAUAGAUCAUAGCUCUAUAACUGCUUUUGCAAAGAGGACCAAAAAUUUGCUACAUUUUGUCAAAGCUAUUUUCAGCUGAAUUUAUGUUGACUGUAGAGAUUGGGUUUAUGUAAGGAAGCUUCAACAAAGUUCAUGGAGAAUGGGAUUAAAAAAUGAUGUGUUUUCCACCAACUUUUUGAAGUUUUUUAAAAAUUUAUUUAUUUAUUUGAAAGAGUUACACAGAGACAGAAGGAGAGGCAGAGAGAGAGAGAGAGAGAGGUCUUCCAUCCACUGGUUCACUCCCCAAUUGGCUGCAAUGGCCGGGGCUGUGCCAAUUCAAUGCCAGAAGCCAGGAGCUUCUUCCAGGUAUCCCAUGUGGGUGCAGGGACCCAGGGACUUGGGCCAUCUACUACUAUUUUCCCAGACCAUAGCAGAGAGCUGUAUUGGAAGUGGAGCAGCUGGGACUUGAACCAGCACCCACAUGGGAUGCUGGCACUGCAGGCAGCCGCUUAACUGGCAAUACCACAGCACUUUUUUUUUUAAUGUUUAUUACAUUGUACUUCACGGUUGGCCUAUUAUUUGUAGGCACUUUCCCCCUGAAACUGCUAUAUACUCACAACUGACAUAAGAUAUUCAUAGACAACUUUUAAAUUUUGUACAGGGCCGGUGCCGCGGCUCAAUAGGCUAAUCCUCCACCUGCGGCGCCUGCACCCCGGUUCUAGUCCCGGUCGGGGCGCCGGAUUCUGUCCCGGUUGCCCCUCUUCCAGGCCAGCUCUCUGCUGUGGCCCGGGAGUGCAGUGAAGGAUGGCCCAAGUGCUUGGGCCCUGCACCCCGUGGGAGACCAGGAGAAGCACCUGGCUUCUGGCUUCAGAUCAGCGCAGUGCGCCAGCCACAGCGGCCAUUGCAGGGUGAACCAACAGAAAAGGAAGACCUGUCUCUCUCAUUGUCCACUCUGCCUGUCAAAAAAAAUAAUAAAGUAAAAUUUAAAAAAAAGUUUUGUACAGGUACUUAACUCUAUACUCACGUCACUGGAGAAAAAACUGGGUAAAUAUAUAUAAUAGAAAGUAAAAGACAUGAGAAACCCCAUAUACAUUUAAUACAACUUCCAGGAGGGAAAAACAGAGACCAUAUUACUAAAGGAGAUAAUAGUUGACAGUUACCCAGAGUUUAUAAAAAAGCAUCAAAUUGCGCAAAUGGGCUUGGGUGGCGGUGGUGGUGGUAAUGGUUCCUCCUGGCCCUGUUAAUGUCAGGGCCAGGCCAAGGGGAGGAUGGCACCUAAAGCCAGGCCUUUCUAGGGCUGGCUCCCAGCCAUGUCAGAGGUGACCCCGAGUCUGCUGCAGCACUGGGGCACUGGUUUUAGGAGAGGCGGUGACUUCGACUCUUGGGGCCAGCUGCUGGAGGUGAUAGAUGAGUAUCAGAUGUUAGCAAGACAUCUACACAAAGAAGCCCAAGCUCCACACAAUAAUUUCAAAUUUACUAAAGAACCAAAUAAAACCAUAGGCAAAAUUGCAACAUGCUUGGAAUUGCGAAGUGCAGCUUUACAGUCCACACAGUCCCAAGAAGAAUUUAAACUGGAGGCCCUGAAGAAGCUAGAACCGAUCCUAAAGAAUAUUCUUACAUAUAGUAAAGAGUUCCCGUUUGAUGUUCAGCCUGUCGCAUUAAGAAGAAUUUCAGCACUUGGUAAAGACGAGAGUUUGGAAUUUGAAGAAGAGGGUGGUGCUGGAACAGGGUCUCCUGAUUCUUCUCCUGCCAGAGUUCCUGGUACCGUAUUCCCGAGGUUGCCCCAGACCCAGGAAUGACAUUACCCACACUCAGACCCAGGAAUGACAUUACCCACACUCAGAAUUGAGAAGAGAGGUCUGAAAGAUGCUGGGCAGUGCAUCGAUCCCUGUGUUAGAGUUAGUGUGAAGGAUCCGAAUGGCAUGGAGUUAACUCCUGUGCAGCAUACUCCCGUGGCUUCACAAACAGAAGAUACAUAUGUUCACUUUAAUGUGGACGUUGAGCUCCAGAAGCAUGUUGAAAAAUUAACCAAAGGUGCAGCUGUCUUCUUUGAAUUCAAACAAUGCAAGCCUAAAAAAUGGUUUACCAGCACCAAGUGUUUUGCUUUCAUGGAUAUGGAUGAAAUUAAGCCUGGGCCAAUUGUAAUAGAGCUAUACAAGAAACCCACUGACUUUAAAAGAAAGAAAUUGCAAUUAUUAACCAAGAAACCACUUUAUCUUCGUCCAUAUCAAACUUUGCACAAGGAACAAUCCUGACAUGAAUAACCUGGAACUUCUGUGAAUUUUGCCACUUGUUAGAAACCAUCACAGCUCUGUGUAGCAUAUUCACCCAUCAGAAGGCAGAAAGCAAGCUGUACUUGUGCCAGCAGGCCAGAGGGAGUCCAUUGCAAGCUGUACCACAGAAUUCAGAGUCUAGCACAUCAUUGAUGUAAAAGACUCCUUUGGAUACAGGUUUAUUGUAGAUUUUAAAACAUAUUUUUACUUUUCUAUUGUGCAAUUCAUAGUUGUUUUCUAAGUUAGCACUACUCCUACCCUGCUUCCUGGAAAAAUACUGCUGUGGGUAGAUUUGCUCAUCUUCAAACUUAAUACAGCAAUAAGAAUGUGCUAGAGUUUACAUACAUAUCUGUUCACUUUUGCUCCAGUAUGCUCUUUUGGUUUGAGUUAACUUCAAACUUUGGGUUGAGGUGGGUAGAAUAGUAUCAGAUACUUUAAGAGAAAAUGGACCAGUUAUGCUGCCUAAGAAGGUGUGUCUGGAAAAGAUAGGCUGCUCCUUUGGGGUUGCCUACAUUCACCCUGAUCUGAUCAUUUUCUUGCUUAGAAAUAGUGUGCCUUGGCCAGAUCAGAAUCCCGUGUGGGAGUGUUCCCCAGGCUGUAGAUGUGCGUUUUUCCAGAUGACCAGAUUAUUUUUCUGAAAGUGAGCAUACUUUUAAUCAUGUUGAUUAGCUGUUCUUCUGUAUCAUGUUGUUAUUCUUUCUGAUAAUGAUUCUAGGGUUAACAUUGGAACCAUCUCAGAAUUACAGAUUUUUAGAUGGUUCACAAUGUCUUCCAAAUCAUGUAAUCUAAAAAUAGUUGAGUCAGAUGCUAACAAGAUAUUGCGGGAACAGCUACUAUUUUUCUGACAACUGAUUGUGAAACCUUAAAACCUGCACAGCUCUUCUUAUAGUGAUGAGUAUGCAAAAUAUGGAAAGAUAUUCUAUUUUUUUAACAUAGGUAGAUAGGAUUGCCAUUUAUUUCCUACUUAGAUAUAUUGGAAUUCAUCCAUAUGGGAAUAUGCAGGUCAUUAGCUUAUUAUAAUUUGACUAUUUACAUUACUUUUUUUUUUUAUUUUUUUUUUAUUUUUUGGCAGGCAGAGUGGACAGUGAGAGAGAGAGAGAGACAGAGAGAAAGGUCUUCCUUUUGCCGUUGGUUCACCCUCCAAUGGCCACCGCGGCUGGCGCACUGCGGCCGGCACACCACGCUGAUCCGAUGGCAAGAGCCAGGUGCUUCUCCUGGUCUCCCAUGGGGUGCAGGGCCCAAGCACCUGGGCCAUCCUCCACUGCACUCCCUGGCCACAGCAGAGAGCUGGCCUGGAAGAGGAGCAACCGGGACAGAAUCCGGCGCCCCGACCGGGACUAGAACCCGGUGUGCCGGCGCUGCAAGGCGGAGGAUUAGCCUAGUGAGCCGCGGCGCCAGCUUCUAUUUACAUUACUUUUGACUUAAUGGGGCACAAAUAAAAUUUUCAUAGUACACAUGAGGUAGAUAUUUGAUACACAGAACAUUAAAAUUUGUGAUGGGCUCUCGGUGGGUUAGAUGUAGAACCCGUGUUUUUUAAUAUUCACUAUUUUAAUGAACAAUGCAUAAGGGAAUGCAAUUUCAGUACUUGGCCUAUUUUUAAACUAGUGUAAUAACCCUAGUCAUGCCAAUAUGUUUGCUUUUUGAAAUAAGUAAUCACAAUUAAGGUGUUUUAGCCUUUGCACUUCAAGAGCUAGUCUUUACUUUCAGUUGUCCGUUAGGUCAGUUCUGUUUAUUAAUUGGAUAUUAAUAAAAACUAUAUGAGCCAGAAAGAAUUCUCAACCAAAUUUAGUCUUGUCUCUCAUCUUGAUUGGAUUAAUUUCCAGAUUCUCAAGUAAUUCAGUCCAAAGUAGGGCUAGAGGAUGAAGAAGUUGCCUUAAGGAAUUCCUUUUGUCAAAUCCCCAAACUGUAAGCUCUUCAAGGAGCAAGAACCAUGUUUCCUGCAUGUCACACACACUUCCCUAGGUGCUUGGCAGCGCUCUGUAGCCUGCGGAGCACUCAGUACUGUUUGAUGUUGCUGAUGAGACCUAAAAUAAUCAUCCCUUAAAAAUCCUACUAUUAAAACGUGGCAAAACUGAGAAAACGCGUCAAAUCAUAAAAUUAAAGAAGCAUAACAAUCUGAGCAUGAUAAGGAAAAAGAAAUGAAUCUCAUAAAUAUAUCAUGAAAACAUGAAGGACAAAGAGAAAGCCUUGCAAACAGAGAGAAAUUGCAGAGUGUCCACAAAGGACCAAAAAUGAUACUAAUACUUGGUUUCUCGUGUAAUAGUGAUGCCAAGCAACAAUGAAGUGGUAUUCUGAAAGCGCUCAGGGAAGUAACAGCCCACUUACAAUAUAUAUUAAAAGUAAAGGUUAAAGUGUUUCAGUUGGCAGUCCCUUGCUGAUUUAGGGAAAAGCCUAUACCAAAUAGAAUGCAGAAGGAAGAAGAGGGACACAGGAAGCAAUGAAGAGCAAAGAAACAGGUGAGCAAAUUAAUAAAGAGAAAAAUAAAUGUUGAUAGUAGUAAAUAAGAAUGGAGGAAGUGAAAGGAAAAUAUUACAUGUACUUGUCCAGAGUGAAAAUAGACAUUACUUUUUAGAUUUUAUUGUUUUUUUUUUUUUUAAUUUAUUUGUUGGGGCUGGCACCGUGGCUCACUUGGUUAAUCCUCUGCCUAUGGCGCCAGUAUCCCAUAUGGGCACUGGGUUCUAGACCCGGUUGCUCCUCUUCCAGUCCAGCUCUCUGCUGUGGCCUGGGAAGGCAGUGGAGGAUGGCCCAAGUGCUUGGGCCCUGCACCCGCAUUGGGAGACCAGGAGGAAGCACCUGGCUCCUGGCUUUGGAUCAGCGCAGUGCCGGCUGUAGCAGUCAUUUGAGGGGUGAACCAACGGAAGGAAGACCUUUCUCUGUCUCUCUCUCUCACUGUCUAAUUCUACCUGUCAAAUAAAAAAAUAAAAAAUAAAAUUUCUUUGUUAAUUUAUUUGAAAUGUAGGGCAGUGGGUGUGGGGGAGCUGGGGGCUGGACAGGCAGAUAGAAACAGAUCUUCCAUCUGCUGACCCACUUCCCAAAGGGCUGCAAGGGCCAGGGCUGGUCCAGGCCAAAGCCAAGAGUUCUGAGCUUCAUCUAGGUCUCCCAUGUGGGUGGCACGGACCGAGGUAUUUGGGCCAUCAUCUGAUGCCUCUCAGGCACAUUAGCAGGCAGCUGGAUCAAAAAAACAGAGAAGCAGAACUCAAACUGGCCAGGACAUCACAUAUAGGAUGCCGGCCUUGCAAGCAGCAGUCUAACCCACAGCACCAUGACACUGGCCCCCACGAUUUUGUUGUUUGAAAUGUGAAAAUUUAAAAUAAAGAUAACCAAUUGAUAAAAAUAAAAUGUUUAAUUUCCCAACUAGUAGAGAAAUGAGAAAUGAUGAAAAAGCAAUCUCUAAUACCAAGAAGCAAGAAAGAAAGAAAAAAGAAAGAAUUAGAAAACACAGAGGAAGACAACAAAAAUAAUCCCAGUUUUACCAGUAGUGACUACAAAUAUACACAGAUUUAUACAUUAUUAACUGUCAGAAUAGAUUUUAGAAAUCAUAAUGGCAUGUAGCCUACAGGAGACUACUCUGAAAUAAAUUAAGAUAGAAAGGUUGGAAAUAGGUAUACAAAACAAUAUUAACCAAAAGUAAUCCUGUGUUGGCAGUACUUUCAUUAGACAAAAUAUUAUUUAGGCCAAAAAAGGAACCCUUAAUAGGUAUAGUAAUUAAGAACUAAUAACAUAAAAAAACUACCUAACAAUAUAGACUUAAAUACCUAAAGCAGUAGCUCCCAGAGUUAGAAAGGAAGCUCAAGAAAUCCACAAACAUGUUAAAUAAUUUUAACAGCAGGCCUCUUUCAAAAAUACACAGAACAAGCAUGCAAGAAAUCCUUAAGAUUUGGGAGGAUGUUAAAACCACAAUGAGCAAACAUGAUGGUGGGGGGGGGGGAGACUUUCCUACCCAACAUGUAGACAAUAUGUAUUUGUACUUUUGGAGCUUUUGCAAGCACUGACCACAUAAUAACUCAUAAAGGAAGUCUAAGAAAAUUUCAAAGAAACUAGAUCGUACGGCAUCUUCUCACACCAUUUAACAACUAUAUUACAAGUCACAAUAAAUAGAUAUAAAACUAAUGUAAAAAAUCAAAUGUUUGGGAACUAAAAUAACACACCUCUAAAUAACCCAUGGAUUAACAACUUUCUGGCAAUAUUUGUAAUUCUUCUGCUAAAUAACCCAUAGGUUAAAGAGGAUAAUACAAUGGAAAUUACAAAAUCUUUAAAGCUAUCUUCCGAAAAGCCUGAAGUAAAUAUCCUCAUUGUGAAAUUUUAGAGUAAUUCUCAAAGUCAGGAAAAAGACAAUGAUCUUUACUGCUGUUCCUAUAAAUCUGUAUCAGAUAACUUAGUUACCAAUGUGACAGGAAAACAUGUCUUGUCAUAGGCUAAUACGGGCAACACAGAAAUCCCUAAAGUGCCUAAUAAUCUUAUGAUCCAAGACUGUUAUGGGAGGAUGAAGAGAAACUUCAGCUUGAUCUAUAAAACUCUUGUCUUUAUAUAUAUAUAUUUUUUUUUGACAGGCAGAGUGGACAGUGAGAGAGAGAGACAGAGAGAAAGGUCUUCCUUUGCCGUUGGUUCACCCUCCAAUGGCUGCCACGGCCGGCGCACCGCGCUGAUCCGAUGGCAGGAGCCAGGAGCCAGGUGCUUCUCCUGGUCUCCCAUGGGGUGCAGGGCCCAAGCACUUGGGCCAUCCUCCACUGCACUCCCUGGCCACAGCAGAGAGCUGGCCUGGAAGAGGGGCAACCGGGACAGAAUCUGGCGCCCCGACCGGGACUAGAACCCCCCGGUGUGCCGGCGCCGCAAGGCGGAGGAUUAGCCUAGUGAGCCGCAGCGCCGGCCCUCUGCUCUGUAUAUUUUUAACUUUUCAUAAUGAGAGGAAAAAUACAAACAAUCCAUGAUGGAAGUUCUGGGCCCUCAGGAAACUCCAGGUCUACUGAGAGACAGACUCAUACGGGGUUAAUCAUUCAGUAACAGAGAUUUAGUGUGCACGUACUGUGUCUAGGUAGAGUGUGUGUGUAUGGGUGUGUGGGUGUGUGGGGUUAGGGGAGGUAUUGUGCAGAGGAAGGUGAAGUUUCAAAGUCCCUGACCUCAUGGAGCUUAGUGGAGGAGACAGUGGUCCCACUUCUCCUUAUGCACCCCCCUCCACGUCUUAUAGGGCCUUGCCAUUGAGCUGUUUGCUCAAAAUGAUUACUACUUUCUCAAGAACACUAUUAGCAUAUGUCUUUUGAUGAAACUGGCCUCAAAAUCUUCCGUUUGACCAAGAAGAGCCAAGCAAAAGAUUGUGGGUAGUGUGCCCAUGACCCAGUCAGGUGGCAGAGUCCAGAAUGGACGACUGAGGUUCUUGACUUACUCUGCAUAACUGGCCAGUGACCAAUGCAGGCCUGCAGAAUGGUAUUGAAAGCUUAGCUGUUCUUGCUCAAGUCUGCUAAGCAAUCUAGCUCUUGAAGGAUAGCUGCUGAAGCACGAAACACUCCCCUCUAUCCCACAGAGCAGAGAUCAACAGUGUUAUUUGUGUGUGGCCCUAGAGCUGAAAACGUGUUUGAUACUUGUAAAGGGUUGUUUCAGGCGCACAUGCAUGCACACACAAAGAAUCAGCAACAGAGGACGCACCAGGCCCUCAAGGGCUAAGAUACUCAGAUGUCUACCAUGUGGCCCUCUACAGAAAAAGUUUUCUAACCCCUGAAGUAUUCCACUGAUUCUCAAGUGAUAGUCCCUAGAGUAGCAGUACCAGCAUCACAUAGAAACUGGUUACAAAUGCCGAGUCUUGGAUCCCAUCCAGAAUGAGACACUCCAGGACUGGGGUCUCCGCGAUGCCUUGUGGUGACUCUGAAAUUGCUGCUGUGGGCCCCUGGCUUCAUCCCCUCAUACAAGAUUCCUCACGUGUCAGUCUCACAGGUAGCUUCACAGGAAAGCAGAGAUUCAGGGGAGGUUGUGACCAAUGAGCAGAGCAUGCUCUUGAGGGAAUAUUUUGUUACUUUGGCCUCAUCCCUUCCCUUAUUAACAUUUGCACAGGCCAAGUAAUGAAGUAGUUUGUCCAAUACAAAUGCUCUUCCAAGGCCAUACCAGGACUUUGCAGUGGGUUCAUGUUCAGAGUCGUGGAGAAAUGAGAAAUCCUAAGUUGUUUUACACCACGAUAAUGAUCUGGAGCGGUGUUUGCAGCUUUGAGACAUUAUGAUUCCCCAGUUAAUAAAUGUUCUCUGGUUCUCGUUAUCAGAAUACUUUUGUGUUUUCAACCGUAGCGUACUUUCAAGAUUCUCUUAACUACUUAAUUUACUUAAUAGGUAAGUUAGAAUAUAGUCUUCCAUUCAUGUUUGAAACACAGAGUUACAGAGAGAGAUGUCCCAUCCACUGAUUCACUCCACAAAUGGCCACAAUAGCCAGGGCUGGGGCAUGCUGAACAAAGCUAAGAACUUUAUCUGGGUCUUCCACGUGGGUGGCAAGGCCCCAAGCACUUGGACCACUUCCCAUUGAUUUCCCAAGCACAUUAGCAGGGAGCUGGAUCGGAGGUGGAGCAGCCAGGACUCAUACGGAAUGUCUGGGUUGCUGGGGUCAAGACAGAAAAUUAAGCUGCCGCACCACAAUGCUGGCCCCUCAUGGUUAACAUUCUAAUAUUUAUAGAAAGUCAUUUGUGUAGUGAUUGUAAUUUGCAGUGUUCUUGAUCUCAAGACUCUGCACAGGUAGUCCUUAUUUCCAUUGGACAGAGAAGAAAACAAGACCCAGAGUGACAUGCGCAGUCUCAUUAUACAAGGGUACUUCAGAAAGUUCAUGGGAAAAUGAAACUCAAAAAUAAGUUUAUUUUGGUGUCCCCUUCCCCCCUCCCCACCAAAAAAAUGGUAUGUGGUGAUUAUCUUCUUGCUGUGUCCUUACGUGGCAGAGGUGGAAGGACAAGUUAGCUAGCAUGCGAAGCUCUUUUAUAAGGGUUUUCAUAUUAUUACUAAAGGAGCAGCUCUUAUAGUGUAGUCAGCUAUAAGAGGCCCCACCUCUUAAUACUAUCACACUGACAUCCCCGGAAUUUUAGAGGCACACAUUCAAACCACAGCACGUCUGGAUUUACCAAAGGACUGGUUUUCGGGAAACUCAAAAUCAUCUGAGAACUGUUUUCCGAGAGCUGUGUUUGGAAGUAGCAAAUUAUGUUGUCAUAAGCACAGUUAAUUAUCAUCCUUGGCCUUGUGGUCCCAGGUCCUGUUUUUCUUACCUUGAAUGCUCAGUUUAUUUUCUCUCUUCUCUGCCUGCCUUUCCUCAUCUCUCUGUCUCAUUCUGUCUAUCCUCCUUCCCCUGUUGCCUCAGCCUCCUGGUCCUCUGUCCAUCUUGCCUCCACUUUUCUCCUGCCUCUCUCACCUAACACCUUUCCAAUCUUCCCCUUCUCUUUUCUUUUUCCCCCUCUGAUUCCAUUUGUUUUUCUAGGAUUAAAUGUUUAACAACCAGCACUUCAUAUGCAAAUAUGCAUCUAUUUAUAAUAAUUUAUCACUUUAAUAUAAAUGGAAAUUUGUGAUUUCAAAGAUCUGCAUCCCUGAAAACUAUCAAAGACAAGUGGGCUUUAAAUCUCUUAUUAAUAGAACACUGUCUUAUUUAUACUAUCCCUAGUGGUAGUACUAGCAAUGGUAGUAGUAAUGAUAACAACAAUAAUGUUUUAUUCUUCUCAUGGCUCAUAUUUACUGAGUUUUUAACUACUUGCCAAAUAUUGUUUCAAGUAAAUGGUAUUCAGAGUGUAGUCUAGGGACCCUAGGGAGUGCUCAGGACACUUUCAGAAGCCUGUAAGGUCAAAUAAUUCUAAAUACCAUUUACCUUUUUCACUAUGUUGACAUUUGCACUGACUCCCUGGAAGCACUGUGGGUAAAGCUGCUGGCUCCAUGGCCCAGUUCAAGGUCUUCACUGUUAGCAUUCUCAGUAAACAACAAAAAAGCCAAUUUUAUUUUAAUAAAUCUCUAGUGAAGUAGACAGUUGUAUUAACCCUUGACCUUUGAGUACAUGUCCUUUUUUAAAAAAAUUAUUUGACAGGUAGAGUUAUAGACAAUGAGAGAGAGAGACAGAGAGAAAGGUCUUCCUUCCGUUGGUUCACCCCCCAAAUGGCUGCCACGGCCGGUGCUGUGCUGAUCCGAAGCCAGGAGCCAGGUGCUUCCUCCUGGUCUCCCACAUGGGUUCAGGGGCCCAAGCACUUAGGCCAUCCUCCACUGCCCUCCCGGGCCACAGCAGAGAGCAGGACUGGAAGAGGAACAACCGAGACUAGAACCCAGUGCCCAUAUGGGAUGCCAGCGCCACAGGCGGAGGAUUAACCAAGUGAGCCACGGCGCCAGCCGAGUACAUGUCCUUGUAAUGUCAUGUGUGACAAAGUGAGGAAGUACACAUGACACACUUCAGCAUGCUAAGAAUGUUUGAGUUGCUAACUGAAUUAGUCCCUUUUCAUAGACCACCAUUUUUAUGUGAAAGAAUGGUAAAUAAACUGCUUUUUGCGAACGCUGGUGCUUCGCAGAAAUGUUCUUGAAAAUGGAUGAAGUCAGUCUGUAGUUUCAGGGCAAACACCUUGUUGGUCCAGUGCCCCACCUGGAUAGUGAUUCUCCAGGGGGCCAUCUCAAUAGCAAACAAUGAGAGCUUUUAUGUGUCUAAUUCAUGCUUGUAGGUGCCAUUUACAAUUUAAAAAUUAUGCUUUGAAUACUGAUGAAUUUUCAAAUAGCAGAGCAAAAAAAAACACACAUUCUUCUAAGCUUUACCUUCUACAGAACCAUUCAUGAUAUAGUUUAGAAAAAUAGAGCCUACAUAUUAAAAGCCAUAUCCAGGGUAACACUACAAAGGCAUGAUUUAUGGUCUCGUCUUAUAUUUUAUUGUGCUUUAAAUUUCUAAGUGCUUUCAUAUAUACUUUUUCAUCUGAUCUUCACACAGCACUGUAAGUGUAUAAAACAGCUUAAAGAUAACGAAAUUGAGACUUAAGGAAGAUAGUUCCCUGAGUGCACUUGAUACUUCCCUGCCCUUUCAGCUAUUAUCUCUGAGGACCUGAAACAAGGCAGUGCAGAAGGAGAGGAGAUAGAAUCUAUAAAACUUGGCAACUAAUGACACACAAAAGAAAAGGAAAUGAAGGCGCCAGGGAAUUUUCCCAAGUGUUUUGCUUGGAUCCUUGAGAGGGUAUGGCUAACUGAGGGAAAAAAAAUGAGAAAGGAUGAAUUCCGUUGCAAAUGUUUACUGAAGUCCUCUUUGUUGCCACUGCUGUCCUUUGAUUUGGGGUAUUCUUAGGAUAUAUAGACUCUAUUUGUUGUCUCUUGGGAACCGUGGCAUGCAUGCCAGUAACUCUACUUCAAGAUAAAAGAGUGGUAAGAGCCUGGAGCAAAGCUUAGUGUAAGUCCCAUAGCUGUCCACAGAAAGGAAGUCACUGUAUCUGGACAUGGAAAAUUUUAUGGAAGCGGAAGGAUUUGGAAGGAGUCUUGCAAAACCAUAGAAUUUGGAUUUGGAUGUGCAGAGUUCAGCUACAGAAGAGUAGUGAGAACACUACAGAAAGAAGGCUGUGUGGUGUAGAGGUUAGUAGCAAUAUAGCAUGUGCUUGAUUGGAUGCUGAAAAAUCAUUGUUAUUGUUUGUUCCAAUAAAUUACUGGAAAUGUUGGCUGCAGAGUCUGACAUAAGUUACAAAGGUGGUUGGCUUUCCAUUUUAUAUUUAGUUUAUAUUUUAAUGACACUUGUCAAACAUGUUUAUUAGGUAUAAUUUUAGUUACUUAUAUAUAUAUAAAAUUCCUUCAUUUUCCAUUGACUAGAUUAAGAAUUCAAGUUUACAUAGCAUCAUUGAUCUUCCCAGAUGUUGGUUUAUAGUUUUAGAGUGGAUUGUGCCAAAUAAUUUUACUGUGGUCUAAUAUUUUUACAUCUACAGUAUCUUACUUAAAAUAAACCUACAACCUUUAGAUAACUUUAUUCUCACAUUUAGAAAUUCUACCAAUAUACUGGGUUGGUGCUGUGGCAUAGAAGGUUAAGCCUCUGCCUGCAGUGCAGGCAUCCCUUAUGGGUACCAGUUCAUGUCCCAGCUGCUCCACUUCCA